UCGUGUGUUAUCAGGAUGUACCGCUAGGGGGCAGCAGUGAGUUCCGUUGUGAAGACACGGAGCUCUGAGGGGGAACAAAGGAGUGUGGCACCGAAUGACGGAAUUAGCCUGAUAUCGUCAAAUCCUGCCAAGAACAUGUCAAAACGACCGUCUUACGCCCCGCCCCCUGCUCCGGCCCCCACUACACAAAUGCCCACCACCCCUGGGUUUGUGGGGUACAACCCAUACAGCCAUCUGGCCUACAACAACUACAGGCUAGGAGGAAACCCCGGCGGAAACAACAGGGUAAUGAAUUCCACGGGGAUUACGGUUCCUAAGCCACCCAAACCCCCCGAUAAGCCCCUGAUGCCCUACAUGCGGUACAGCCGGAAGGUAAGCAGGAAGGUUUGGGACCAGGUGAAAGCCUCCAACCCUGAUUUGAAACUAUGGGAGAUUGGGAAAAUCAUUGGAGGCAUGUGGAGGGACCUUACUGAUGAGGAAAAGCAAGAUUACUUAAACGAGUACGAAGCUGAGAAGAUUGAAUAUAACGACUCCUUGAAGGCCUACCACAACUCCCCGGCGUACCUAGCAUACGUGAACGCUAAGAACCGGGCCGAAGCAGCUCUGGAGGAGGAGAGCAGGCAGAGGCAGUCUCGUCUGGAUAAAGGAGAGCCUUACAUGAGCAUCCAGCCAGCUGAAGAUCCUGAUGAUUUUGAUGACGGAUUCUCGUUGAAGCACACAGCAGCAGCUCGGUUUCAUAGGAACCACCGUCUGAUCAGCGAUAUCCUGAGUGAGGUGGUGGUGCCUGACGUGCGUUCAGUGGUCACUACAGCACGCAUGCAAGUGCUCAAACGCCAGGUCCAGUCCCUCAUGGUGCACCAGAGGAAACUGGAGGCAGAGCUGCUGCAGAUAGAGGACAGACAUCAGGAGAAGAAGAGGCGGUUCCUCGAAUCCACCGAUUCCUUCAACAACGAGCUCAAACGGCUGUGUGGUCUGAAGGUGGAGGUGGACAUGGAUAAGUUGGCAGCAGAGAUGGCAGCAGCCGAAGAAGCCGCGAGACGGAGGGCGGAGGAGAGGGAAAGGGAGCGAGAGAAGGAGCGAGAGCGAGAGAAAGAGCGAGAGGCAGAGGCGGAAAAGACCGAGAGGGCGACAGAAGAGGAUCAGCAGGGAGCGAGUGGACCAAACAGCAGCGAGCAGAACACAAGCACUGACAGCAAGGAACAGGACAAACCCAGUCCGAUGGAGACGGACGAGGUUCGUGCUGAUGUGUCUGAGGCCCAGCAGGAGUGUGAGGAGCGUACAGUGGAGAAACCAGAGCAAGCAGAGAGUGGGUUAGAGGAGGGGGCAAGCGACAGUAAUCCUCCCUUAGAGAGAGAAAACAGCACAGAGUCUGUACCCUCCGACACCACGCCAGAGGAAAGAGCCCCUGCUGCCCCACAGUAACCGAGCAAACUUCCCACUCCUGACAGUGUACAUCCUCUCAAAUUUGACAUACAUAAAAAUGAAAGGCUUUUAGAGGACACUGCUAUGUUUUUCUUUUUUUUUUUUUAUUGUUAUUUUACCCCCAGCCAAUUGUGCAAACACACUCACUAAUUAAGAUUUGCUUUAAUAAAACAGCAGGUACGUAGAUACUCCCCCUCACACGUUUCUGCAUUAGGCCUACAAAACUUUAAUUACAUACGUCCUUUAGCAUUGCAAGUUAAAAAGGUAAUAUAUCAUUCAAAAGGAGCGUGCGACCCAAACUAUAAGUUCCUUGAUUUUAUCAUUAGAACUCCACUUAAUUAAAGAAAUUUUUCCACUUUAUUCAGUGCCAGGUGUUCAUUUUGUUCCUUCCAUGCUCAUGUCCCUUAAAAUUCAGAAUUUUCUCUCAAUUUGAAACCUUACUUAGCUGUAGACUGUGUUUAGGUAGCCUAAUGUCUUACCUUUUUUGUUUUCCUAAUAUUCUUUCACCGAGCUGAUUUACAUAUCUUGGCAGGAUAUUGCUAUAAAGCGCAGGUGAGUCGGACAUCCAUCUCAUUAGGUUGUUAGCAUACACAUUCUUGUUACACGCAGCCGUUUUGUAUUAUUAUGUAUUACCCAAUAAAGUGAUUUAUAUGUCUUAA